AUGAGCAAAUCGACGACGCAGUUCGCGCAGCCGCACAAUCUGCUGAAACCGGGCGCGCGAUUGGGCGCGGACGGACGGUUCACGGUGGCGUCGGCGCCGAAGCUGGGACGAGGACAGUUCGCGGAGGUGUACGCGGCGAACGACGCGACGCGGGACGGCGCGCGCGUCGCGGUCAAGGUGGAGAGCGAACACAGGACGAGCGCGCGAGAGGCGCGGGUGAUGCGAGCGAUGGCGGGGAAGGAACACUUCGCGGAGUUACUGCUGGAAUCGUCGCACGAGGGGAAGCCGUUCCUGGCGAUGGAACUGGUGGGGGAGAAUUUGGCGGAUUUGCGAAGUCGCGCGCGGGGCGGACGGUUCGGGCCGAGGACGACGUGCGCGAUCGCGAUCGCGAUGCUGGACGCGCUGGAGAGCAUGCACGGCGCGGGAUACGUGCACAGAGAUAUUAAACCAGGGAACGUGUGCGUGGGGAACGGUAAAGAGGGGAUGAAGCGGUUGUAUUUGAUCGAUUUCGGUUUGGCGCGCAAGUUCACCGACGACGACGGAAACGUGUUGCCGGAGCGGGACGACGCGACGUUUCGAGGGACGACGACGUACGCGAGCGUGUACGCGCACGAAAACAAGGAACAGAGCGCGCGUGACGACUUGUUUAGCGCUUUGUACGUCUUGGUCGAAGCACACGAGGGUGUUUUGCCCUGGAAGGCGGGCGAAGAAAAGAUGAGCAAGCAAAACGUCGAGCGCGAAAAGAAGAAAUGCGUGAAGAAUCCGGCGUUGUUGUGCCCGAAACACGGGUGCCCGACAGCCAUAGAAACUUUCGCACGCGCGAUCGCGACGUUGGAGUAUGGGCAAACCCCAGAUUACGCCGCGCUGCGGGCGCCGUUUGAAGACGUCGUGCGCAACGCCGGCGACACGCCUUUGGACUGGGAAGCGGGCGCGGCGCCGCCGCCGUCGCUGCAAACGACCAAGGGAGCGCCACCA